CCAGCCUCUACUUUCUGUCUCUGUGAGUUUGAUGACUCUAGGUGCCACAUCUGAGUGGAAUCAUACAGUCAUUUGUCUUUUUGCAACUGGCUUUCUUUCACUUUGCAUGAUGUCUUCAAGCCCCAUCUGUGUUGUAGCAUGCAUCAGAAUUUCCUUCCUUCUUAGGGCUGAUUACUGUCCCCAUUGUAUGGGUAGAGGACGUCUUCUUUGCUGUUCAUCCCUCAGGUAUGGAGAAUAUCUCACAUAGUAGAAAGAAUCAAAGAAGCCUAUGAGGACUUCAUCUUGGCUGCUCAUACUCUCUGCUCCUCUACCCUUUGUGAGGGUUGGAUGGACCGCCUGAAGCUACCUGCUCAUCCUGCAUGGAGCAGAUUGGCUGGUGCUGGAAGCAGAGGAUGCAACCUGGAGCAGGAGCCAGUUCCUGCCCUCAAAGUGUGACAGUGACAUGCCGUGUUAGUGCCAGCCUAUCUGGGGCUUUAUAAAGUGAAGAAAAGAGCCUGUAUCCAUCCUGAAGGCUUUGUGACCACCGGUCUUCUGAUGGAUGCUUCUGUGUCCCCAGAGUUAGUGGCUGCUCCGGGUGAUGAUGGCUGUGUGGGUGCCCACCAUGGCCCACCGGAAGUGUGAGCGUGGGGAGCAGCAUGUUGGACCACAGGGUGAGGCCAGGCCCUGUCUCCCAUGGCCAGGAGCGAGGACGUGGAGCUGCCCUAGGAGGGCUGUGUGCCCGAGGGCCAGGAGCUGGCUGCCCUGUGGCCAGAGAUCUUCAUGCCCAAGGAGCAGGAGUGCUGCUACCACAGCCGCGAUGGGGACUCCAGCUCCUACUAUGUGAAUAACACCUCUGAAGAGGAAGACUGCGACAAGAGCUUGCCUGAGGAAGAGGGCAUCACCUAUAUAUCUGCUACUGCCGCGAGGAUGACAGCUACCUGGAGGGCAUGGACUACAACUGGGAGGAGUACCUGGCCCACGGCAUGCACCCUGUGGACACUGAUGAGUUCCAGGAGGCGGUGGAGGAGUGGGCGGAGGGCAGACUGGGCAGAACUGCACCCUUACCGCCAUGGGGCAGAGGGAAGCCAGGAUUACUCGGACGGCCACCUGCCCAUCCUGGAGGAUGAGCCCUCUGUCCUGGAGGCCCAUGACCAGGAAGAAGAUGGCCACUACUGUCCCAGCAAACAGGGCUACUGGGAUUGCUACCCCAUGGAGGCCAAUGGGAGCACCAGUGCCUCCCUCUACCACCUGAGGUGUGGGGAUGGGGACCUGGAGGACCAGGAGGAGGACAUCAACCAGAUCAUGGCCGAGAUCAACAUGAACCUGAGCAUGACCAGCAUCACUAGCGCCAGUGAGGCCAGGGAUUCUGCAGAGGCUGGCCUGCCUGCCCGCCCAACAAGGCCAGCUGCAGCCCCAGGAGGCACAAAACGAGGCCCAAGUCACUGAACCUUCCUCCUGAGACAAAGCACCGUAGAGACCCCCAGAGAGGCUUCAAGCCCAAGAUCAGGACCCCAGAGGAGAGGCUGAAGUGGCCCCAUAAGCAGCUCCACAAGUUGCAAGAGGCCGGCAAUGUGCCUCCACGGGACACCCCCAUGGCGCCCACUCCAAGCUCGAGAUCUGCGCAUUUACUUGAGGAAGUUCUCUGGCCACGGGUGGUUUUGGAGACCUUAAGCAGGCACUGCUCCAGGGUCCCUUAGCACCAGGCCCGUCAGGCCCUGGCUGGCAGCAACUCCUGACACCGCGGAUGCAGACCAGGCAAGAGAGCCGCCUAGAAACCACACCGCAAGGAUGCGCUUGGCACAACUUGGAUUUCAGAGCCGAAAGUUCUGCGGUGUGCAGGUUCCGGACUCACUUCCAGACCAAGCCAGCGGCAGCUUAAGCGCUUUCAAGUGUGCAGUGGGGGCAGGAGCCAAAAAUCGCCGCUGGUCAACACAAGCGCCUUUGGACUGUCUUCAAACUUUGUUAGGUAUUUUUCCAGGGCCAUGAGGGGUGAGGCAUCCUGGCUUUAAGUUUCUGCUUUAGGUAAAGUGGGCAUGUUGUGUGUGGCAGGAAAGCAGCGGCCUUCACUAUGGCGCCUGUCAGGUCGACCUGCCCUCCCCAGGCACCUUCCUGGGACUUUGAGAGUUAAGAUGGCGGGCAUCCUAAAGGCGGGGCGCAAACGCCUUAGGUGAACACUGGGCACCUGUGUAAGUCGCUAUGGGGUGGGGCGGGAUGGAGGCCAGGGGAGAAAGAAGGCCUCAGCCUGAGCAAAGCACCUUGAUCCCGUGCGCUCUGUCCCCCAGGGAGUGUCCUGCCGCUGCUGCCAGCACUUGGGCAGAGGAUACCCUCCAGAAACACCUCCGCUUAGCUCUGGGAUGUCCUUGCAUGAGUCCCACUGCCACAUGGGAGCUGUGCGCCCUGGGUGCUGCACCUUCCAGUAUGUGGGCCCAUGAGGCAGGGGAUCUUGCCAAGCAGGUCAGUCAGAGCGGGGAUGGAAGUAAAUGGAAGUGGCUCAGUGUUAUUUUACUGGGAACCCAUAAAGAGGCUGGUGAGAAACCAGAAAAGAGAGCAAGUCUUGCAUAUUAAAAAAAAAAAAAUA